AUGACGGGAUUAAAGGAUGUGGAGCAACUUCCAAGCUGCCAGCAUUUUGAAAGUGUUACUACUGAGAAGAAUCGACAACAAUCUACCGUUCCGGAGAAAAGACAGUCCUUGAUUCGAAAGAAGUUCGAUCGCCGAGUACUUCCAAUAGUCUGCGUACUCUACGUCCUUUCUUACUUAGAUCGAGGUAAUAUUGGCAAUGCAAAGUCAGCUGGAAUCGCCAAGGAUCUCGGACUGGAUGACUACCAAUGGUCAUGGGUACUCUAUACAUUCUACAUCUGCUACAUUGUCUUCGAAUGGACUACUGUCUUAUGGAAGAUUCUCCCCGCUCACUCAUAUAUCGCUGUACUAUGCAUCUGCUGGGGUGCUGCAGCCAUGUGUAGCGGGGCCGUCACAAACUUCGCUGAGCUUCUCGUAUGUCGAGGGUUGCUAGGUGUUUUUGAAUCCGUUUUCGGCUGCGGUGCACCCUACUUCCUCUCUCUAUUCUAUCAGAGAAAAGAAUUGGGAUUCCGACUAUCAAUGCUUUUGGGUAUGUCUCCGGUUGCCAACUGCUUCGCCUCAGCUCUUGCGUAUGGCAUUACGCAGAUAAAAGGCAAUCUAGAGCCAUGGCGCUACCUUUUUAUCAUUGAGGGCGCACCGACUGUUUUGUUCUCGGUUGUUGUAUUCUUCUUCCUUCCAGACUCACCUGGCUCCGCAAAAUUUCUCGACGAAUUCGAGCAAACAGAGGCUGUUGAACGACUCCAAACUGUAGAUCGUACUGCGAAGAAUAAAGUACAAUGGCAGCAAGUCCUCAGCGGAUUGAAAGACUACAAGAAUUAUGUUCAUAUGACUAUCCACUUUUGCUGCAACUACUCCUUCGCUGGUCUUUCCAAUUUCCUACCGACCAUCCUCGAAACAAUGGGGUACAGCUCAGUCAAUGCACAAGGCUUGGCAGCUCCGCCUUACCUUGGAUCAUUCCUAUGUUGUGUUGCUGCUGCUCUUGUAUCAGAUCGAUGGGGGAAUCGCGGCUGGGUGAUUACAUUUUUCGCAUCCAUGGGUACAGUUGGCUAUCUCAUCUUGACCUGCGUGAAGGACGAGACCCAUACUGGGGCACGAUAUGCGGGUAUUUGGCUUGCAACCUGCGGGAUAUUCCCAGCGCUCGCUAUUAAUAUCACCUGGAUGCUCAAUAACCAAGGAGGAGAAAGCAAAAAGGGUGCUGGCAUGGCUCUUUUGGCUAUCUUUGGUCAGUGCUCCAGUCUGAUCAGUUCCUCCGUCUUCCCAGAUGGUGAUGCACCGCUUUAUACCAAAGGAUGUGCUCUGGGGUGUGCGUUUACUGGCCUGAUUGUGAUACUCGCGGUUGGGUUGCACAUAGAUUUGAAAAUGGAAAAUAAGAGGCGCGAUCGCGAGUACGGGGAGAUCAACGAGCACGACCGGGUCGAUGUGACCGAUGGUGGUGACAAUAACCCGAACUUCAGAUAUUUGACUUGA